AAACAAUAUGGCGUGCCGAAAUUGAUUUGGAACCUUUUAUGGUAUAAAUAUGUUUACUGUGAGCUUAAAUUAAUGUUGUCAGACUGGAAACUCACGGCAGGCUUUUGUUAAUAAUGAUUACCGAUUGUUCCAGAAUAUUGCCAAACAGAUGGAUAACAGUAUAGUCAAUGAAUUUGAGAAUCUACGCAUGUUCUCAAAAAGAACCAAGCUCUUAAGAAUGGAUGAGCUUGUGCAGGACCUAACUCUUGCCCUUGAGGAGACAAUGAAAGGUCAGAAGUCAUCACAAUCGGAAAACCUAACCCCCGGCACCAUGGCCCGCAGGCUGCAGAAGAAACGCAAAGGAAAGAGACAGCGUUCCAAUCCAAACUCCAUUUGGAAUUGCGGUGUGAUAAGUGAGGCCUCCGAAAGCAGUCUGGAUGAAGCGCUCAAGGAUUACAUUGACACUGUGGCUCAGCUGAGCGACUCUGAUGACAUCACAAUGGCCAGGAACGUUCACAGACUCACUGUUCCCAUUUCUGAUCCCAUCCCACCAGUGGAGUCGGAUUCCGUUACGGAAAACUUCUCCCCCAUGAGACCUCCGAGACGACGUAGGAAAUUUAAAAGUAUGGCGUUUGAUUCCUCGUCUCCACAAGCCGACGAUUCGGCCGUCUUCCUUGAGCCGAGUGUAAACAGGUAUAAACUGCGGAGCAAGACGCUGCAGGACAGUAACUCGAACAUAAUGAGCGAUACAGCAGCCGCGCCUUCAAGCUCCACGACCGGUGCUACAAACCAUCAGAGUAUUCUACCUGGGAAGAGAAAGCGUAAUAACAAGAGCAGAAAUGACUUCCAUCCGAUAGGUGAAAACACAGACAGUCUGGAUGGAAUGGAUAUGUCCAGUUACUCACACGAAAGCAGUUCUUUAAGCAGCAGUGAAAGUGAUGGACUCGUUACUAAUGAUGAAGGAAGAGAAGCUGAUGAUGAACAGAGUGACUUUUUCCAUGAACCUGGACCUGCCUGUGGUAUAGCAGGUAUCGUGCCGUGGUGGGAGAACGAACGUGUCACUGACAGCAAUGUGAUGAUGGACCCCAACUUUGAGAGUAUCCUCACGGGAACGUUUGAACAUCUGCCCAAGGCCUCUCAGCUCAGUUUCAAGGCACGGGUCUCCAGACUGAUGGCCUCGAAUGGACGAGAAAUGAGGCUUGGAAGACGCAAACUAAAAGGAAAGAUGCCGAGCUACACCAUGACGCGGUUCAUCCAGGAUCGACAGAUGUGGAGUCAAAUGCAGUCCUGCUACAAUCCAUCUGGCUGGCAUUCCAGCAGCUUCCCCCCAAUGUCCACCGAGUGUAAACGGCGGAGAAAAGCUACAUCUUCAAAUCCACUCGAUGAAGGUCUGAUAGGAAAGCAUGCGAGUCCAAUUUCCGACGAGAACAUUGGGAACAAGAUGUUACAAAAUAUGGGCUGGAACCCAGGGUCUGGACUAGGCCCCGGUGGCUCUGGCAUCAAGAACCCAGUCCAGGCGUACAUGAGGGCAGGCCGAAAGGGCUUAGGCUACGAUUCCAACAAUCGCUCAGAUAUAUAACACAAUUCGUUUUAGUUUUAACCUUUUAGGUAGUCGUGUUUUAGAUCAAUAUAUUUUUUAUUGUCAAGUAGUUUAGCUAGUGAAGUGAAAUAGUAAAUCAAACUGUAGCCAUUCCUAUUACUAGCAGGGCCCCGUUCCACGAAGUGAUCUUAGCAUAAGGUAGCUAUGCACUUACGGUGAUCUUAGGGCUAUGAUCGCUUUGUGGAUAGGGGCCCUGGGUCCAUAUUUUCGAAGCUAUCUUAGCGCUACAAAGUCGUAAGAUGAUCGUGGGUUGUGACGUCAUUACAGCACACGCCAUAGUUAAGUCAUACUCUACGAUGAUUUUACAAUUCCAUAGGCUAAGAUUGCUUUGAAAAUAUGGGCCCUGCAUCAUAGUGAAUGGUCGGCCUAAUGCGGGGACUAAAUGUUAGCCGUAGUGUAGACGUCAGUCUAUAUUGGUUAGUUUAAUUAAUUAAUGAAGAAAAUCGUUAGUGCAUCGUAUGCUCAAUAUUACCAUCAUAUGGGUGUUAAAAUCAUUUCAUGGAAUGCCACAGUAUCUUUAAAACACUUCAAUCCAGUGUUUCAAAAGAGCUGAAAGAAUAUGGUGUAGAAAAUGCUGGUACAAUUACUGAAAUCAGUCGAAAUGUUUUAAUUUAAUGACAUUUUAACACUAGCAUAAAUGUAGAUAUUUUAACGUGAGCAAGUCUUUUUAAGUUGAAGUGUUUUAACAUAAUGGGACAUUUAAUGAUGUUUUAACACAAACAUGAUUGUAAUGAUACAGUGUCUUUGAUGCAGAUAUUAGUUUCUAGAUUAACAGUGAACUAAGUAUAUAUUCAGCUCUAAUGUGCUCACCUGGAAAGUAUUUAAGCUCCACCUAGUUUUGACCAUGUGACUUGUACUUCUCAAGAGAUUGUGACUGUUCUGUGGGGGUGGGAUGUAGCCCAGUGGUAAAGUGCUCGCCUGAUGCAUGAUCAAUCUAGAAUCGAUCCCCAUCGGUGGGCCCAUUGGACUAUUUCUCAUUCCAAUCAGUGCUCCACAACUGGUGUAA